GAGUUUGACAAGAAAUACAAUCCCACUUGGCACUGCAUCGUGGGAAGGAACUUUGGCAGCUACGUGACUCAUGAGACCAAGCACUUCAUCUACUUCUACCUCGGCCAAGUUGCUAUUCUCCUCUUCAAGUCUGGUUAGAACCACAGACUGUUACUGAAACUUGCACCCGGUUACAGGACUGUGUGCUGACUCCUCUGACUAGUUACUGCAGCCUUCCUGAGGACGCAGACCUUGAUCUUCAAGGGCAAUGGCAGGGAUUAUGCUAUAGCAGAUGAUCUUACAUUGUGGAUAUAAAAAGGAAAAAUACCAAAAAA